AUGUCUAGCCUGAGCAGCAGUAGUGCCAGUGGCACGAAUGUGAACGUCCAAGUAUGUGACCACUCGAAGGACGGAAGUGUUUCCACCUGGGAGGCUAAUUGUAGUGAUAGCCAGAAUGGAGGAACUGUGAAAAGCUCGUUCAAAGUUUUGUUCAGAAGUAGCCUCUUCACCGUUUUGUUGUUGGCUGUGCAUUGGUCCAGUAGCAAGGACCCCUACAGCCAAUGGAAUGGAGAAGCCACAAAUGAGGAGAAAGCACACCGAAAUAGAAGAAUUCUAUACAACACUGCUAGUUACAUGAGUAACAACUACGGUUCAUCCACGGAAACUAUAACCACCACUGUUACGGAAAAUAACGAACGCAGAAGAAACAGAUCUAGAGGGGAACCCACACAGUACAACUCCUCCCCUCCCCCAGAACAACCCCCCUCCUUCUUCACGGCACCAUUAUCAUCUACACCCCAAUAUACGUCUACACCGGAAUAUAGUUCUACACCGCAAUAUGGUUCAACACCGCAAUAUGGUUCUACAUCGCAAUAUGGUUCUACAUCGCAAUAUGGUUCUACACCGCAAUAUGGUUCUACAUCGCAAUAUGGUUCUACAAGAUCACAACAGUCGUCUUCCCCAUCGGAUUCUUUCUCUUCCUUCGCGUCUCUAUUUUCUUCACGCUCAUCCGGUUCAUCCCCGUCAUCCUCCUCCUCUUCUCCCUUCUCGACACCCUUUAACUCCUACACCACAAUGAACAACCCCCCCCCAAGAAACGAUGACGUAUGGCGUAUAUACGAAGACGGACUAAGAUACCUAAACAACCGAGCAUUUAGAAACAUGGGCAACGAUUUCCGAUACCCCAACAAUAUGUACAACUCAUUGAAUGAACAGAACAAUAUUAGAAAUUCCUUGUAUGCUAAUUUAAAUGGUAACAAUCCUUUAUUUUAUGUGUUUUCUUUUAUGAUUGGGGUUUUCCUUUUAAGUCAGUUGGGAGCAGAGCGGUUGUUUAUUCUGGCCGCCUUUGUGGGUGUUCUGUACAAAGUUAGAAGAUCUAUUACGUGGCGCUGA